AUGCCUUGGACAAUUGGGCAGUUACCACAGUUAACUUACCUAUAUCUAUCAAACAAUUCACUUCAAGGGGAGAUCACACAUGGCCUGUGGAACUGUACUCACCUUGUAAGUAUAAAACUUGACCUGAACAAACUCGAUCGAGAAAUCCCUGAUUGGCUUGGUGACUUGCCAAGGAUAGAGACCAUUUCAAUAGGGAAGAACAGCUUCACUGGGAUCAUCCCACCAUCACUUGGGAACCUCUCAUCGCUGCGGAGAUUAUACCUCAAUGAAAACCAGCUGAGUAGCCCAAUCCCUGAGAGCCUUGGCAGGCUUGGUAAGCUUGAGGCAAUAGCACUGCAAGUAAACCAACUCUCAGGAAACCUUCCAACAAUGCUCUUCAACAUUUCAUCCCUCAUCCUCGUUGGUCUCCAAAUGAACCAACUGCAUGGCAGACUGCCCCCCAAUUUGGGCAAUGGCCUGCCACACAUCCGAUACCUUAUCCUUGCUUUGAACCAUUUCACGGGAAGUAUUCCAGCUUCAAUUGCAAAUGCAACUACAAUCCAAUCGAUGGACCUCACUGGUAACAACAUCGCCGGAGUCGUGCCUCCAGAGAUUGGAACACUCUGCCCAAAAUACCUGAUUCUUAAUGGAAACCAGCUAGAGGCAACCACUGUUCCAGACUGGGGGUUCAUCACUUCCCUGACAAAUUGCACAAGCCUUCGUUGGGUCACAUUGCAAAACAACAAGUUUAGUGGUGGGUUUUCGCGCUCUAUCGCAAACCUAUCAGGGCAACUCGAAGCCCUAGACAUCAGAUACAAUGGGAUAUCGGGCAAGAUACAAAUUGGCAUUGGCAACUUUCCCAAACUAUUCAAGCUAGGGCUAUCUGGCAAUCAGUUAACCGGCCCCAUACCGGACAGCAUAGGAAGACUGAACAUGCUCCAGUUCUUGACACUAGAGAAUAACCAACUCUCUGGGAUGAUGCCGCCCUCACUCGGGAACUUAACACAAUUGCAGCACCUUUCAGUAGAUAACAAUAUGUUGGAGGGACCUCUUCCAAUGAACAUUGGAAAUUUACAACGACUUGUCAACGCAACCUUUUCGAACAAUGCGCUUUCAGGUCCAUUACCGGGACAAAUCUUUAGCCUGUCAUCCUUGUCAUACGUUCUGGACUUGUCGAGGAAUCAUUUUAGUAGUUCCCUUCCAUCCCAGGUUGGUGGUCUUACAGAGCUCACAUACUUGUACAUCCAUGAGAACAACUUGUCUGGGCUGCUGCCAGAUGCUCUCAGCAAAUGCCAGAGUUUGAUGGAGCUCCGUUUGGAUAAUAACUACUUCCACGAUAUGAUUCCUUUGUCCGUAAGUAGAAUGCGAGGCUUGACACUGCUGAAUUUGACCAAAAACAAGCUCACAGGAGGAAUCCCUCAAGAGUUAGGACUCAUGAGUGGCCUGAAAGAACUGUCCCAACACUUGGAAAGCAUGAUAUCACUCUACCGACUCGACAUAUCCUUCAACCUUAUUGAUGGGCAAGUCCCAGCACAUGGUGUGUUCACCAAUUUGACUGGGUUCACUUUUUAUGGGAAUGUGGGACUAGAUUUCUUCUCACUGAAAAAUAAAUUAAGACUGCCAUCUGGGAGGAUGAUGCUGAAGAGGUCAGUAAGUACUAUGGCUGUGAAGGUUUUUGACCUUGAACAAUCUGGUUCCACGAAAAGUUUUGAGGCAGAGUGUAAGGCACUUGGCAAAAUUCGCCACCGUAACUUGAUUAGUGUUAUAACUUGCUGCUCUUGCUUUGACUUUAACCGGAAUGACUUCAAAGCCAUUGUUCUCAAUUUCAUGCCUUAUGGGGGUCUUGAUAAGUGGUUACAUCCAGACAUAUAUUCAUCCAAUCCAGUCAAAAUUCUAACAUUAAUGCAGAGACUGAGUAUUGCUUUUGAUGUUGCCGCCGCUCUAGACUAUCUGCACAACAACUGCCAGCCAACAAUAGUUCACUGCGACUUGAAGCCCAACAAUAUUCUUCUUGGAGAGGAUAUGGUUGCUCAUGUUGGGGACUUUGGCCUUGCAAAGACACUCAUAGAUCCAGAAGGGGAACAAUUGAUCCAUUCAAAGAGUUCUGUAGUGGGAACAAUUGGAUAUGUUGCUGCAGAAUACGGUGAAGGUGGUCAAAUAUCUACAAGUGGGGAUGUGUAUAGCUUCGGUAUUGUCCUCCUUGAGAUGUUUACAGGGAAGACGCCUACACAUGGUAUGUUUACAGAUGGAUUGACCUUGCUCGAGUAUGCAAAGAUGGCAUAUCCAGAACAACUAAUGGAGAUUGUUGAUCCCCUUCUGCUAUCAGUUGAGAAGACACGGCGAGAUAUUAAUAGUUACAUGUACUCUGUCACAAGACUUGCCCUAGCAUGCUGCAGGAAAAGACCAACUGACAGGCUGUCCAUGAGAGAUGUCAUUUCUGAGAUGAACAAGAUAAGGGCUUGCUAUGCUGUAGAAGUAACUAGGAAAUGUAGUUCAGAGUGA